AUUUAAUUUUUGUUAUUUUUCCCCGGCGACGAGUUUCAGGGGGUGAAAUUAGCUUUUGUGAUGCUUUCCGCUUUAAUGGAAGGACCUUGAUCUCUCUCUCUACAGUUCGUGGUAGCUCAUAACCAUCUUUCUCCUGUAAACUCGAGCUUCAAUCGAUCUUCUUCUUCAGCUCCGUCUGAUCCGGAAUUGUUCUCUCUUUAGUGCUGCUUCUGGGCGAUGUGAUUUGAUUUUCGUGGAAGGCCUGUGUGGUCGUCCCGUAGUUUCUGUAGAAGGAAUGGCGGAAAGUGAAAUCUGGGAUCAGUGCGGGGAACAGAAGGACUGGUUCUGCUCUUAAGCUGACCUGAGUUGACUUCCCUUUUUAUGCCCCUUUCCGUUGAUGAACAUGCUCUUUCCAAUUCUUGGUUCUCGUUACCUCAAUGUCCGAAUUUCUGGAUUUUAUUUGGAGUUUUGAAUCUUUGGAAGAAAACCUGUUCGUUUGGUCGGGAAGUGUCUUGUUCUAGUACCUCUGAUGUAUUUAAGGAAAAUAUACAGAAUGUCUCCCCCCGUAGCGGAUGUGGAGGAGGAGCUGCAGAGCAAUGUCUCUGUGGCAAGUUCAUCACCUACUAGCGAAUGCCUGUCAAGGAACACCUCAGGUCCAAAGGAACAUAACUAUUUGGGUCUGUCUGAAUGCUCUUCUGUCGGCAGCUCAAAUCUCCCUGGCCUUGCGGAAGAUGACAAGAACAGCAUCAGUUUGAAAGCUACUGAAUUGAGACUUGGUCUCCCGGGAUCACAAUCCCCCGAGAGAGAGACAGAUUUCAACACGCUUACCUCGGGGAAGCUUGAUGAGAAGCCCCUAUUUCCUUUGGCUCCUUCAAAGGAUGGAAUAUGCUCUCAAUCACAGAAAAACUCCGGUACAGGAAACAAAAGAGGCUUCUCUGACACAAUGGAUCAGUUUGCUGAAGUAAAAAGUUCUGAAUUUACUGAAAAAAGCUGGAUGUUUCAUGGAACUGGAACCACUCAACCUGUAACUAGGAAGGAGGCGCCUCAAAGCAUGCCAAAAGAGCAUUUGAGCACUGCAAACAAUAGCUCUAGUCCACCUGCAGCCAAGGCACAAAUUGUCGGUUGGCCUCCUGUUAGAUCCUACAGGAAGAACACAUUGGCUACCACUUCCAAGAAUAACGAUGAAGGUGAUGGGAAGCCUGGUGCUGGUGCCCUCUUUGUGAAGGUCAGCAUGGAUGGUGCUCCUUAUCUGAGAAAGGUAGAUCUGAGAAGUUGCGCCAGCUAUCGGGAGCUUUCUUCUGCUCUUGAAAAGAUGUUCACCACUUUUACUCUCGGUCAAUGUGGAUCCCAUGGAGCUCCAGUGAAGGAUAUACUUAGAGAGACAAAGCUCAAGGAUCUUCUGAAUGGAAAGGAUUAUGUGCUUACAUAUGAGGAUAAGGAUGGUGACUGGAUGCUUGUUGGAGAUGUUCCUUGGGAGAUGUUCAUUGAUGUAUGCAAGAGGCUGAAGAUCAUGAAGAGCUCAGAUGCCAUUGGAUUAGCUGCUGCUCCGAGAGCAAUGGAGAAAUCCAAGAUUAGGGCUUAAAACCCUAAUGUGCUUUGGAGAAGGCUCUAAUUAUACAAGCCAUCAAUGGUUUUUUUUUAAGGUUUUCACAUCUAUAUAUAAUUAUAUAUAUGCGCCCGUUUUGAAAGAAACUAAGAAAAGCUUUGUUCUAAUGUUUUAUGAUAUGAAAAAGGGUUUAACGUUAUGUCACGGUCAUUUGUUGUGAGUCGGUUUUUCUAUUUAAUUUGGUUUUUGUGUGGUGGUGUAA